AGCGCGCAGGCUCAGCUGAAUAUUAUUUUUAUCCCACGCAGCCGGUGCGGCUUGAGAGGAGUACCGAAAGUCAUUUUGUUACAGUGUUUUGGGACUGAUAGUCCAGUAUUUGCCCAUCUCACCGAACGAGGAGUUUGUUGUAUCACCAGCAACCAUGGUUAGGGUGAUUAGUCAAAACUUUAGCCCCCCGAGGAGCCGACACAGCUCUGGAGAGACGGACUGGGACCUCGCCGAACGGACCAAACUAGCUCUUUCAUCGCUCGGAGCGAAACGAUUUGAACCUGCUGAAUAUGAAUCUUCAAGUGAUUCUUUUUGGGAUUCAGAGUUCGACGGAGAACACUGUGAGUCACAUUUGUCGGAGGCGAGCUGCGAACAGGCUGACAUUAACGGCAACGAUUCCUUCGAAAAGUCGGAUGUACAAAGUAAACGCAAAGAACGCCGCCGGGAGAGGAACAAGCUCUCUGCACAAGCAUACAGAAAGCGGAGAAGGAACCAGAACGCCAAAGAACAAGAGCAAUUGCUAAGCCUUGAAGCAGAGAACAGACGACUGCAGAAAUUGGUGGACACACUGGAGAAGAAGAAGGAGCAGACGAGGCAGUAUCUGCGGGGCUGUUCUGUGUCCAUGCCAGAUGUAUUGACCACUCUUGGGGCUGAAGGCGGAGACAAAUGCUGCGGAGAGACACAUCGUGCAUCAAAAGAGUCCACAUCUGCGGCAGCUGCAGCACAGCUGGACCGCUGUCGUAUGACACACCCCCGCGAGUCGAAAACAACACAGCACAAGCAGUACUCUCUCAGCGCAUGUCCUCCUCCCCAACAGCCACAUGAAAUCCUCAUGCCCAACUCAUCCCCUGUCAAUGCGAAUGUUGCUGCUGCAGCUGCUGUUAAGUCUCCCUCGACAAAUUCUAAUGAGAAUAGCAACAAUGUGUCCAAAUUUAAUUUGUUCCCUGCCCAGCUUUUGACGACAGAUUCCCUGACAAAGCCUGCUCAGACAUCUCAGUCACAGAUCUUUCUCCAGGCGCACGCCUUGAUUGGUACUGCAGUCACCCCACAAGAUGGUGCAAACUUCUCAGCUUGUGCUAUCCCAGCCUACGUCGCUGUGCCCGUGGAGAACACCACCCAAUAUUUUGCAAACACAAACAUGAACUGCAAUUUUCAAGUUCCACGCCCAUUGGAGUCCACAUCAGGAAAUUCUCCCGCAAAAAAUUUUGAGGAUGCCAAACUGGCUGCCUCAAGUCUCUUCAACCCCAACACAACCAUGUGCAACUCUCCAACAGUGAUGAACCCUGUUCAAAACAUUACUGCUGCUAGUCCUGUGGCUGUCCAGGCUAAUACUGUGGUCGGCCUUAUUCAAAUGGAAAUGUGCAAUAAUAACGCUGAUAAUAAUUUCACUGUGAAUAUGAAUAUUGAUAAUAAUGGCAAUAACAAUAAUAACUGUGAUAAUAAUUCAAAUAAUUGUGUCAGAAAAAAUCCUCCUUUCCCAGCUUUUAAUCUGAAUCUUAAUAAUUGUAAUGCAGAAAUCACUAGUACAAAUGUUGAGAAGUGUACCGAAAGAGCUGCUCGUGAUAGAAAUCCAAGUGAAUUGAUGCAGUGCUAUGGCACUCAACAUGAUCAGGCUAUGGCUAUGUAAAUGUCAGAAAGGUCACUGAUGCCUGAUGCUGUCACUUGGUGGCAAGUAAUUAGAUCUGAAUCCUCUUUUUUUAGGUGUUCGGAAAAAAGUUUUUCUUAAAAGAAAACCUGAUUUCUCUACUACCCCAUCUGAUUUAAAGUUCUACUUUUUUUUGGAGAGGAUUAUGAGAAAAUGUCUUAAUGAUUUUUGUCAUGGCAGGGACACUUCUUCUUCUUCUGAUGUCUUCUGCUGCUGCUUUGAUCAUGAAUCCUUGCACCUUUAUGUUCUGAGCUCUCUUAUUUUGUAAGGUUUGUUGCUUUCAGGUGCUGCCUGGCAACUGUGGUAUAGCAGUUACAUGCGUCACUGUGGUAUCCAGGAGACUUUAGUUUCAUUUUAGAGUGUGGAGAAUCUUUAUUGAGUAUUUGGGUCUUUCUUCUGGUUAAUCUAUUUUAUGAUCUCUCUGAGCCCAGGUUGGCUCUUGACAGGCAGGGUCAGAAGCUUGCCUUUUAAAUGAUCUAAAUUGUGUCGACGGGAACGAAAAAAAUACCUGUUAAAAAAAAUUUCAGGUGCUGAAGCAUUCAUGUGGCAACAGUCCUGUGUUGGGCAUUUAGUGAGAACGAACAAACAGUUUUGUCUAAUUAAAAAAUAAAUUUAAUGAAAAAAAUUAGAGAUUUUGUGCGAUAGAUGAUGCUGACAACAUGGGGGAUUAAUUAAGUCAUGAGUUUUUGAUGUGGUGACAUUAA